CUGCCCCCGCCGCCUCCGCCGCCCCCGCAGCCCCGGCCGCUGCUGGCCCGCUGGCUGCUGCCCGCUCAGCAGGGCGACUACAGCGAAUGCGACAGCUUCGGCGCGGGACAGACCGUCUGCGCCGAUAACUGCACCAAGGUGCUGCUUUGCAUGGGAGGUACUCUCGACCCUAUCGUUCUGGAGGAAUGCGGGGAGCCUCUGAAAUGCAACCAGCAACAGGGAGCCUGUGUGAAUGGCACGUCGUCCUGCGAGACGGUCACCUCGACCAUUCAGUGCAACGCCCUGGGCAUGUUUCCUGACCCGUACGACUGCACAGCCUAUCACAUCUGCCCUGUAGUUGGAGAAGAGUCUGUACGGGCAAAGUGUGAGAGUGGGUACGCCUACAAUCCCAAUACAACGUUGUGCAGCAAAAAGCUGACGGACGAUGUGUGCACUAACCUUCCGAUCGAAUGCACCGGACUGGGGGAGACCAACGUGUUCCCUGGCAACGCGAACAUAUACUACAUCUGCGUCGCUGACGAGGACGAAAACUUGUACCCCAGCUUGUACAGGUGUGAGCACGGUGGAGUUUACAAUCCGGACUCAUACACCUGCAGUGACGGUCCAUCAUAGAUGGGACACCCUUCGGAGACGACUUUGUCCACUCUUCGGCAGACAUCACCGACGAGUCUUUGAGAGACGCAUUCCAUCUAUUCUGCUUCCCGUCACGUCUUCCGUGCUCGACCCUUCAGCGCUGACAACAAGGAUGCCUGGAACUACGCUUCCGACAGCAGUAUUGCCCAACCUACUGCGUUCUCCCGGCCGCCUGCAUUCUUCGAUUGACGGUACCGCCGAAGCUGACGAGAGCAGCCGCGCCCUGUGGCUGCAACACAGAGCGCAGUGGCAGCCGCGCGUCUCACACGCAUCCAGUUUGUCGUCUUGUGCCCUCUCGACUGCCCAUACUCUCAUUGGUUUCACAGUUAUCAUUUUAUGCUGAUGUUUAGUUUGAUACUUGCAAUCACGUGACAUAGAAAGUGAAACUGUAUGUAAUUCUGCGAUGAAUCUGCCGAAGGAAAUAAAGAAUUUAAAUUUUUAUUUUAUUUUA